AUGACCAGUACGGGCUUAUCAGAUAUCCUGCAGGGGGCCGCGUUGGACCUGACUCCAUACGAGGACCUGUACAAGCAUUUCCAUGCCCACCCAGAGCUCUCCCUGCAAGAGGCCUCGACCGCCCAGAAAUGCGCUGCUCACCUCCACCAGCUCCAGGCAUAUGAAAUUCACCCCAACAUCGGCGGCCACGGGCUAGUCGGUAUCUUGCGCAAUGGCCCUGGUAAAACAGUGCUGCUCCGCGCCGACAUGGACGCUCUGCCCGUCCAAGAACUGACCGGCCUGCCCUACGCCAGUACCGUGAAGAUGCGCGACGCUGACGGCCUCGAGAAGCCUGUCAUGCACGCCUGCGGUCACGACAUGCACAUGACCUGCCUACUCGCGGCGGCCGAGCUCCUCGCCCGCGCUCGGCAUGCCUGGCACGGCACGCUCAUCGUCCUCUUCCAGCCGAACGAGGAGCGCGGCGCGGGUGCGCAGGCCAUGAUCGACGACGGGCUAUAUGCCCAGAUCCCGCGCCCGGACUAUGUCUUCGGGCAGCAUGUCAUGCGCCUGCGCGCAGGCACCAUUGGCUCCCGGCCCGGCACCAUCAUGGCCGCUGCGGACAGCAUGAAAGUGACCGUGUUCGGGCGCGGCGGCCACGGUUCGCUGCCGCAGUACACGGUUGAUCCAGCGCUGCUGGCGGCGCACAUCAUUGUGCGGCUCCAGGGCAUUGUUAGCCGUGAACUAGACCCGGCUGACGUAGGUGUGCUGACAGUUGGCAGCCUGCAGGUUGGUCAAACGGAGAACAUUAUCGCCGACCGUGCCGAGAUCGGGCUCGACUUCCGCACCGUGAAGCCCACAACCCGGGCCGCGAUGGUCGCCGCGAUCCGCCGUAUCGUCGAGGCCGAAUGUGCUGCUAGCGGCUCGCCGCAGCCCCCGAUAUUCACGCCCACACGGCGAUUCCCGCCAACAGUCAACGAUGAUACGGUCACCGACCGACUGGCGACGGCGUUUGCGGCGCAUUUCAAGGACGCGUUUGAUGCGGAUACGCCGCGGACGAAUGUGGCCGAGGACUUCUCGACGCUAGCGACGGGAGAGGGCGUGCCAUGUUGCUUUUGGUUCUUGGGCGGCAUUGACCCGGCGCUGUGGGAUCGCGUCUAUGGCGAGGAGCCGUCAGGGGAGGAGAUCCCUGGGAAUCACUCUGCAUUGUUUGCGCCUGUGAUCCAGCCGACAAUGAAGGCGGGGUUGGAUGCGUUGUGUGUGGCAGCGUUGACAGUUUUACGAGAAUAG